GCAUCUAACCAAUUCGAAUCCAAAAGAAAAAAAGGUUAACUUUGAUUUAAAUUUCUUCCACAGUGGUCUCUCGAUAAAGGGUGUUUGCAGCAGCCAUUUUUUUUAAACUUUAGUCUGCGAAAAUGGAAAAACCCUACAAAAAGGAAGUGCUCCUCUUCUAUUGCGUGGAAUCCGAAGAACUUGCUCGCAAAAUUUCCGCUCAAUCGGACCUUAUUCAGCUCCAGUCCAUCAAUUGGAGGAGCUUUGAUGACGGGUUUCCUAACUUAUUUAUAAACAAUGCACAAGAAAUCAGAGGGCAGCAUGUUGCUUUUCUUGCAUGUUUCAGCUCUCCAGCUGUCAUAUUUGAGCAGCUUUCUGUUAUAUUUGCACUCCCAAGACUUUUUUGUUGCUUCUUUCACAUUGGUGUUACCUUUCUUUCCAACUGGCUCCUUUGAAAGAAUGGAAGAAGAAGGAGAUGUAGCAACUGCAUUCACCAUGGCAAGAAUCUUAUCAAAUAUUCCUGUAUCAAGAGGUGGUCCCACAAGCUUAGUUAUUUAUGACAUCCACGCUUUGCAGGAAAGAUUUUACUUUGGGGAUCAUGUUUUGCCUUGUUUUGAAACUGGGAUGCCCCUUUUGAAACAACGUCUUCACCAACUUCCUGAUGCUCAAAAUAUUGUGAUCGCCUUUCCAGAUGAUGGAGCUUGGAAGCGAUUCCACAAACAGUUGGAUCAUUUCCCUACUGUGGUUUGUGCAAAAGUUCGUGAAGGUGAUAAAAGAAUAGUAAGGUUGAAAGAGGGUGAUCCUUCAGGUCGCCAUGUGGUAAUUGUUGAUGAUUUGGUGCAAUCUGGAGGUACUCUGAUUGAAUGCCAGAAAGUUUUGGCAGCUCAUGGAGCAACAAAGGUGAGUGCUUAUGUGACUCAUGCAGUGUUCCCUAAAAAAUCAUGGGGGAGAUUUGUUCACACAGAUGAGAAGUCAAAGAGGGCGUUUUCGUACUUUUGGAUUACAGAUUCGUGUCCUGUUACUGUUAAAGAGAUUGCAAACAAAGCUCCUUUUGAAGUUUUGAGUUUGGCUGGAUCUAUUGCAGAUGCACUUCAAAUAUGAUGUUGUUUUAUUAUGUUGAGGUGUUUUAAAUUAAUGGUGCCUGUUUUGUGUUUAGAAUAAUGUGAUAUGUGGACAUGUUUGAGAGGAAGAAAAAAAGGAAUUGACACUUUGACAAAAAAAAAGUUAAUUA